CUCACACAUAUAUGUGACAUCAUUUAUUGGACUCUGAAAGUACCACACAUACAUAGUGACAUUAUUUUAUGACUCGGACGCUGAGGGAAAAACCCACCAUGAAUUGCGAGUAACCUUUAAAUGAUAUUUUAUUCAGGAUUCGGAGUUCGCUAACUAAUCCGUUACUUCGCAAAUGGUGGCCUCCAUUGCCACCAAAUUCUCCAACCCUUCUCCUCUGUGCCCUCCAAGUGAAAACUCUCUCCGAAUCCUCCAUCUAGUCGCCACUGGCGACCUUCCGAAGGCGGCAAUUAUCCUUUUCUCCCUUCCCUCACCGGACUCAGCCGCAUACGCUGCCGUCAUUCAGGCCUGCGCCAGCUGCCGCCUCCUCCCUCUUGGUCGAUCCCUUCAUCGUCACCUGCUCUUCUCCACCUCCUCUUCUUCCUCCCCCGUCAAACUCUUUCUUUCAAACCACCUUAUCAACAUGUAUUCCAAGUGCGGCCGCACCGAUUAUGGGCGCCGCUUAUUCGACGAAAUGCCACACCGAAACAUCGUCUCCUGGACUACUCUCCUCACUGGAUACUCCCAGGCCGGCCAACAUCGGCAGUGCCUCCAGCUCUUUUCUUCCAUGCUUGUACACUAUAUUCCAAAUGAUUACGGGUUUGUUGCGGCUCUCAGUUCCAGUGCUGGGGCCCGAGAUGGCCACCACGGAAAACAGGUACACGCACUCGUUUCCAAAGUCUCUUUCGAGGCCAAUGUUUUCGUUGGAAACUCCUUGAUCAAUAUGUAUUCUUCCAGCGAUGGUUUGGAGGAUGAUGCGUGGUUGGUAUUCAAGGCAAUGCCUUUCAAGAAUAGUAUUACAUGGAAUUCAAUGAUUGCAGGUUUUCUUCAAGCUGGUAGAUCGCACCUGUCACUAGAGCUCUUCGUUAGAAUGAGGCAAUGUCGUGUUGAGUUUGACAGGGCGACACUAAUAAGUGUCAUUUCCUCCUGUUCUACCAUUCAUGAGUGCCGCCAGUUGCAUUCUCUUUGUAUCAAGAUUUGUUUUUCUUCGGAAGCAGGGGUAGCAAGUUCUCUUGUGAAGGCCAUUACUUCACUUGGUGGUGAUUUUCAAGACUGCUAUGAUGUGUUUUUAGCCAUCAAAGAGCAUGAUCUAAAGUCAUGGACUGGAAUUAUAACUGCGUGCUGUGAGGAAGAGCCGUUAGAAGCCGUUCUUAUGUUUCGCCAGUUGCAGCGGGAGUCUUUCAAACCUGAUAGACAUUCAUUCUCCAUUGCCGUCAAGGCUUCAGCUGAGAAACUUUGUAUGACCCUCCACGUUCUCAUAUUAAAGUCUGGGUAUGGAGAAGACACUUUGCUCUGCAAUGCUCUGAUUCAUGCGUAUUCUCGUUGUGGUAAUCAUAAAUAUGCUUCAUGCAUAUUUGAUGAAAUGGAAUUUCAUGAUAAAGUAUCAUGGAAUUCUAUUAUCAAGGCACAUGCGGCUCAUGGGAAAGGCCGAGAAGCUCUAAAUGCUUUUCAAUCUAUGGAUGUCCCACCUGAUUCUACCACAUUUGUUGGUAUUCUUACAGCAUGUAGUCAUUGCGGGUAUGUGAAUGAAGGUCGUUACAUAUUUAGGGAAAUGUCUGAGAUUUAUGGAAUUGAAUGCCAUCUAGAUCACUUUGCGUGUAUGGUGGACAUUCUGGCACGUGCUGGAAAACUUGUUGAAGCUGAGGAAGUAAUAAACCAAAUGCCAAUGGAGCCAGAUCCUGUUGUUUGGAGUGCAUUGCUUGGGGCAUGCAGGAAGCAUGGGGAGACUACCAUUGGGAUGAAGGCUGCUCAAAAGUUAAUGGAAUUGGAGCCGAGUAACUCAGCUGGCUAUGUAAUGAUGUCAAAUAUGUAUUGUGCGUUAAGGAGCUUUGGUGAGGCAGCAUGUGUUAGAAAAGGAAUGAAAGAAUAUGGAGUGAAGAAGGAGCCUGGUCUGAGCUGGAUUGAGAUUGGAGAUCGUGUGCAUGAAUUCUCUGUGGAAGGCCAUCAACAUCCACACAGAGAAGAAAUCCUUUUGGAGCUUAAAAGGCUAGUGAUUAAGCUCAAGGAGAUGGGUUAUGUGGCAGACACUAGAUUGGUAUUACAUGAAAUUGAUGACGAACAUAAGGAGGAGCAUUUAUUGCAUCAUAGCGAGAAAAUGGCUUUGGUUUUUGGGUUGAUGAAUGCUUCUUCUACUUGUGGUUGUCUGAAAAUUAUGAAAAACAUUAGGAUCUGUGAGGAUUGCCAUAAUUUCAUCAAAUUAACUUCCAAAUAUUCCGGAAGAGAGAUUGUGGUGAGAGAUUCUAAUCGAUUCCACCAUCUUAAAGAUGGUGCGUGCUCAUGUGGUGACUACUGGUGACAAAUUUGGGCAUAAAUAUUGUAAUCCUUGCCGUUUGAGCUUCCCCAUGUCCUACAGUUCAGCCCCUGAUAUGGCCAUAUGUUGGCUUUCACAGCUCGGGCCACUUAAACGGCUAUAUGCCUCACUUACAUUGUAACUCUUGUUGAAAUAAUGGAAAAGAACUUGGCUGUAGAAACGAGGCCUUCAUGAUUCCAAAUUUUCACAGGCAUGAAUACAGAAAGCAUAAUACCUUUCAAUUCUAAAUACCGCAUCAGGUUCAACAUCAACAUAGGUCUUCAACAAAUAUCAUGUGCUCCGUUUAAACUUUGCAAGUUUUCUGAACGUGGAUGAUUAAAGGGGCUCUCAAGGUGCAUAGAAGUUUCAUUGCUGUUUGAUUUUUAAGUUUAUGGGCUGUUUCUUUUUAAGUUGGUGCAUGCAUAUCUCAAUCAAGCCUAGAUGGUCCAUAGACAUGAUGCUCCUUAAUUUAACUCGUAAAGUGACACAGCCUAGCUUGAAAGUUAGGAAUAAUUAAAAUAAGAACAGAUGUUCGGAUG